AUGACGAUUGGAAAACCAGAAGUUCAACAAACGAGCGGCGCAAAUAUUAACGAGGCAGCAACAAGUGCAUACUUAAUAGGACCCUGGGUCAAAAAUAGCCCGACUCUAGGUCCAAACGGAUUGGCCGAGUAUAGUGUGACCGUUAAAGAAGAAAAAAUAUUCAACUCAUUCACAAUCCGACCCAAAAUAUGCACCGAUUUGUCGCAAUGUUUUGAUGUCAAUACCCUUAAAAUCACCCCGGACACGAACCAGACAACACGCUUGUUGAAUUUUGGUGACCCCACCUAUGGACCUACUGUUAAAGCUUUACGGUGUAGUAAAGUGGGCACAAAUAUUAGUGCAGCCGACCCCACCAAAGACCUGCCCAAUCAACCUGGUAAAGAAUUUUGUUCAAAAUUAGACAACUUAGAUUGUUAUGAGGACAGCAUCAAGAAUAUGAUACAUGUAAAACAAUUGAAGUUCCAAUACUACAAGAUUGGAAAUUUGACCAAGAUGCAAAAGGAUAUUAUCCAACUAAAACUGGAAAUUCUUUAACAUAUACAUUUAAAAAUGUUAUUACUGAUUCAAUUGACGUAUGUUUCA